AUGGUUCAAGAUAACGGUAACAAUUGGCCAAAGUCACCUGCUAAUACUUCAUUUGUAUCGAGGAACACUAAUGAAACCAAAAUUCAAAUUGCCAUAGCCUUAAAAGGCGGUUUCAUCCAAAUCGAAAACUCCAUUUUAGAUAAGACUGGCAAAGACGAAGACGUUGCUUUUCAGGCUACUGCUUCUCAGGUAAUCAAUAUUCAGACCGGCGUUGGGUUUUUAGAUCAUAUGAUUCAUGCAUUAGCCAAACAUUCUGGUUGGUCGCUGAUUGUUGAGUGUAUCGGUGAUCUUCACAUCGAUGACCAUCAUACCACGGAAGACUGCGGAAUCGCAUUGGGACAGGCUUUCAAAGAGGCCUUGGGUACUGUGCGUGGUGUUAAACGUUUUGGUUGUGGAUUUGCGCCUUUGGACGAAGCCCUGUCGCGUGCCGUCGUGGACUUGUCUAAUAGACCCUACGCUGUGAUAGAUUUGGGUUUAAAGAGAGAGAAGAUCGGUGAUCUUUCCACUGAGAUGAUCCCUCAUUUUUUGGAGAGUUUUGCCGAAGCAGCAAGAAUAACGCUUCAUGUCGACUGUCUCAGAGGUUUCAACGACCACCACAGAAGCGAAAGUGCCUUUAAAGCGCUCGCGGUUGCCAUCCGUGACGCAACGUCCAGUAACGGCACUAAUGACGUUCCCUCCACGAAAGGUGUUUUAAUGUAA